AAUGGCGUCUUGGACAUUUAAAAGUAUCGCUUUGAAGUGGAAUUAUGUCGACAACUUCUCAUCGUUCGAGUAAACGCUAAUAAAAAAAAUAAGGAUGUCGUCGCACACUGCUGCAUUAGCCGAAGAAUUGGCGAAAGACUACGCAAACUAUGCAAAAUUAGAUUUAUCUAAUCAAACGAAAAGUUUUCAUGACUCAAUCGAGGAUGUAAUGAUGCGUUUAGAGGAAUUUCAAUCCAUUAUUGAAAUGGUUCAAUCUGAGAGUAGUCAAUGUAUUGAUGAACAUAUUCCAAGAUUGCAAGAUAUGCAACAAGAAGUUGCAAAUCUCUGUAAGCGAAUAGAUGCUUUAGAACAUGUUAUAGCAAUGGCUAAUGUAAACCUGACUACUUUAGAAGCUGCUGUUGACAAUGCAGAAGCUGAAUUAGGAAUUUCUGAUAGAUUAUUUGGAAUGUUGAAUCCCUUGUCCUUUUUUAAAAAGAGUCAAGAACCUGUGGUGCCAAAUAAAUUACCAGUGUACGAAUCACCAACAAUUUAUAGAACAGAUGAUUACUUUAACAGUGAAUAAACAAUACAUUUUCAUUUGUAAAAGUGCAACUUAAUUUGUUUAUUAAUUAAUCACAUAGAUAAAAUAUAUUGCAUGUUGAAGAAAAAUCUUUGAUGUUUUGAAGAGUUGAGACUUGAAACAUACCGAGUGAAUGUGAUCAUCAAUCAAUCAAAUGAAAUUGUUACUUGAAUAUAAUAGAUGAAACUGGAAUGCGUAAAACAUAAUACAUAUUUUGUUUAUUUCUAUUAUUAAUUAACUAAAAGCCUCAUUUAGAAGGAAA